GAAUGGAGAGAGAGGGUGAGACAGGGAGAGACUCAUGGGGUCUCUAUUUUGAGGGAGUGAGAGAGAAAACGUUUGAGGCUUUCCGGUUCCUAUUGUGAAAGGGAAACAAAACCAGGAAAAAAUAGAGAAAAAAUAGCAAAACAAAAUGGCACGUAGAAGUGCUUCUUGUGCUCUUCUCUGGAAUUGGCAAGAAAGAUAAGUGAGACUAAAAGUCUGAUUUUGUCGGGAGAGUAAUUUUGCUUAUCCUCGUUUUGUCUCAUUUUGUUGGUGGGCGUGCAGAUCGAAAUUUCAUCCGAAAGAGAGGAAGGAAAAGAAAGGGUUUUUUUUUUUGUAAGUUUACGAAAGGGAAUAAAUAAAUUAAGGAUGUGGAUUCCAAGAAAUGGAGAAAGGCAUGGGGUGGUAGAGAGGUUGAUAGCAGUGGCUAUAGACAAGGACAAUGGGAGCCAGUAUGCUCUGAAAUGGGCUAUUGAUAAUCUCAUGAGCAAAGGCCAAACUGUAGUUUUGGUACAUGUCAAUGUUAAAUCUGGUUCAUCAGCUGCUCAUUAUUCCAAUCCGAGGCAAUGCCAAAUUUCUGAUGGACAUGGAUCACCAAAUGGAGAUCUUGAUCCACAAACCAGGGAAUUGUUCCUUCCGUUUCGUUGCUUUUGUACACGUAAAGAUAUCCAAUGCCUUGACAUCGUUCUCGAAGGUACAGAUGUUGUCGAAGCAUUAGUCGAGUAUGUCAGUCAAUCAGCUAUAGAGAUAUUGGUCCUUGGUGCACACUCCAAAUCUGGUGGAUUUCUCAGGAGAUUCAAAGCAACAGAUAUUCCAAGCAAUGUUUCAAAAGCAGUACCGGAUUUUUGUAAUGUAUAUGUCAUUUCAGCCAAAGGAAAGAUUUCAUCCACAAGACCAGCAUCUCGUCAAGCACCAGCUGUCUCCCCACUGCGCAACCAAAUUCAGUAUCAAGCCCAGAUCAAAUCAGAUUCUGUGACACCACUAGCCCCAUGUAUUAGUACAAGAGGAGCACCCAAGGUGCCAUCUGAGCCACAACCGCAAACCCCUCUCAAUGACCCGGACUUCAUCAGGUCACCAUUCACUCAUAGGAAAGGCCCAAAUGGAAAACCUUAUGGCGAACUCACGACACCAGAAACCGAUAUAUCCUUUGUUAGCACCGGCAGACCAAGUGUCGACCGCAUGUUUCCUUCAUUCUAUGACAGCUAUGAAAGUUCAAGGUCAUCAAGGCCGUCAAGCAGCUCAGAAGUGGAGAACCAUAGCUUUGAGUCACCGCACCUUGGAGGAAAAUCAAUGGGCACAAGCACACCACCUGAAUUCUCGACGAUCUCCAAUGGUAGUGAUAAAUCGUCUUCGUCACAAACAGGGGAUGAUGUUGAAGCUGAAAUGAGGAGGCUAAAGCAGGAACUCGUUCAAAUGAUGGAAAUGUACAGUACAGCCUGCAAAGAAGCACUCUGUGAAAAGGAGAAGGCAAAGGAGCUCCAGCGCUGGAAAACGGAAGAACAACAAAAGUCAGACGAAAUGCGACUAGCUGAGGAAUCUGUAAUGGCGAUUAUCGAAAGGGAAAAAGCAAAAUCAAGGGCAGCCAUUGAACAUGCUGAAGCAGCUCAGAGGAUUGCAGAAAUGGAAGCACAAAAGAGGAUUAAUGCAGAAAUGAGAGCACUCAAAGAGACAGAAGAGAAGAAUAAGGUCUUAAAGAAACUGGCACAUUCAGAUGUCAGAUACCGGAAGUACACAAUUGAAGAGAUUGAAGAAGCAACAAAUUUCUUUUCUCAAUCUCGCAAAAUCGGAGAAGGCGGCUAUGGGCCAGUGUACAAGUGUUACCUUGACCACACCCAAGUUGCAGUUAAGGUUCUUCGCCCGGAUGCUGCUCAAGGAAGAUCACAAUUUCAGAAAGAGGUCGAAGUACUGAGCUGUAUACGACACCCUAACAUGGUUCUCCUCCUGGGAGCCUGUCCAGAGUACGGGUGCCUAGUGUACGAGUAUAUGUCUAGAGGAAGCCUGGAAGACUGUCUCUUCCGACGAGGAAAUGCUCCCCCUCUCUCUUGGCAACACAGGUUCCGAAUCGCUGCUGAGAUCGGCACUGGCCUACUUUUCCUCCACCAGUCCAAACCAGAACCCCUAGUUCAUCGCGACCUAAAACCCGCCAACAUAUUACUCGACCGCAACUACGUGAGCAAGAUCAGCGACGUCGGAUUGGCCAGGCUCGUCCCUCCGUCUGUGGCGGACACUGUCACUCAGUAUCGAAUGACGUCGACGGCCGGAACUUUCUGCUAUAUAGAUCCCGAGUACCAACAAACAGGGAUGCUUGGGGUGAAAUCCGACGUGUACUCUCUGGGUAUCAUAUUUCUACAGAUAUUGACGGGCAGGCCUCCAAUGGGGUUGACUCACCAUGUGGAAAGGGCUAUGGAGAAUGGGAUGUUUAGUCAAAUUCUUGAUCCAGUGGUGCAUGACUGGCCUGUGGAAGAGGCACUGCGUUUGGCGAAGAUAGCGCUCAAGUGUGCGGAGCUGCGACGAAAAGACAGGCCGGAUCUUGGCAAGGUUGUGUUGCCAGAACUUGAGAGAUUGACAGCACUUGCGGAGGAGAGCAUGUUCGAUUUGAUGAAUGGUGGCAGCAGUUUAUGGUCACCCAACCAGAGCCAACAUUCCGUGUGCCAAGAAGAGCUGAGUUACCCUACAAAUGGCUAUGAUAGCUCCAGGAGCCGCUCUAGCAUGGAUGCCUGACAAGACGCUGUGGAGCAAUGCUAUGAACAUAGAUAGAGGCGCACAGAUCUGGAUACAGAUGUGUCUUGGACCAUCCGGUACCCGUGGAUCCCACAAGGUAGAUGGACUGUUCCGGACACCUCUCUGUGUCCGUGGCAUUUUUUGUAUGGAUGGAGAACAGUUUUGUGAUAAGAUAGAGUAUGAGACCUAAACUAGUUUCUCUUCUUUCAUUUUCUUUAUUCAGUUAGCUGCCCUCUUUGAGGAACUUUUUAGCAUGAAAGACCAAUGAGAUGGGGAGCCUUCAUGUUUAGAGAGCUUGUUAAGGAAGAACACCAUAUUUGUAUAUUUUCCCGGAAACCUUUCGGGUUUUAGAAGCAAAGACCAUGAAGAUUCGCAGAAGCCUAA